AUGUCAGAAUUGAUAGAUCGCCCUCGUUCGGAAUUGACACAAGAUGAGCUUCAGCAGCUGGAAGAGUUUGAAUUCAAGCAUGGCCCUAUGUCGUUGAUAAAUGAUGCAAUGGUAUCUAAAAUACCUGUUAUAAUAUCACUAAGAAAUAAUCACAAGAUUAUAGCACGUAUAAAGGCGUUUGACAGGCACUGUAAUAUGGUGCUGGAAAAUGUCAAGGAACUGUGGACUGAAAAGCAAAAUAAAAAGACGGUAAACAGGGAGCGAUUCAUCAGUAAACUAUUUUUAAGAGGAGACUCUAUUAUCAUUGUUCUUCGGGCGCCUAUGUAA